AUCCAUCCCAAUUACAAAUAGAUAUUUCCCUCAACCAUUGAACCUCCUCAACCUGAGAAACCAGUCUAUCAGAAAGACACAUACACAAUGAACCCAAACGAAACACCAACCCCCAAUCCCAAACGCCGCCGUCUAAACACCACCACAACCCUAUCAUCACCCUCAUCAACGCUCACCAAACCAUUCAAAUCGCCUCUGCGCAGACCAGCCCAAGCCCAAGCCCAAGCCCAAGCACCAGCACCAAACCCAGAUACCACCACAACCACCACAAACGCACCCUCUUCAUCAUCCUCCAAAGACCCAACAACCACACGACCCCAAACACAAUCCCACACAUCAACACCCGCCACCCCAAACCCAACCCCUCAUCUUUCACCACCCCAAUCCCCAAACCCACCCCCAAAAUUACCCCUACCCCCAAAGAAAAAAGAGAACAGAAGCAAAAAGAAGAAGAUCCCAUCCUUUCCACCCUCCGCACCACCCACCGCCACCUCCAAUCCCGACUCCUCUCUCUCCGCACCGAACUAGAAACAGUUACUCAGGCGCAGCGCAUCGAGGAAUCCCACCGCGAUGAGGAACUAGAGAAGUUGAUUGUGAAGUGGAGGGGUGUGGGGCAAAGGGUUGCGGAGGAGGUGUUCGAG